AUAAUAGACAUUACUGCGCCCCAAAAAAUUAUGAUUAUAAAAUCUAUAAUAUUAUAAAAGAAAGAAUUUUAAAAGAGAGAACAAUCUAUAGAAUACUAUAUCUAUGGAUGACGGCAGACUUGCAUUUGAUAGAACAUAGAUCGAUUAUUAAUACAAUUGGAACGAACGUUUAGAGUACCUACUGAAACAAGUUGAAGAACCUAUAGGUGAUCCACCAUGGGAAUACAAGAUCUUCAAACAUUUUUGGAAAAUGAAGGUGCUGGUGUAGACUUGUUUAGAAUUGCAAGAUGUCAUGCGGGUGGGUUUCGAUUAGUACUGGAUGCAGAGGGCUGUUUGGAUCGUCUGUAUGGAGGAUAUUUUUCAGAUUGGGCAUGUGGAGGACAGUGGGCUCGUUGUGUUCAGUUUUUGACAACACUGGCACAGUCACUGGCUGAGAAUCAGGUUGCUCUUUGUGUUGCCUUCAAUGGAUCACACCCUACACCACCUGCUUUGCCCCAACAUUGGAUUCAAACACAAGCUAUGUACAGGCAACGAGUAAACUCUGUGUUGCGUCAUAUUGUUACCAAAGGUACACCUCCCCCUAAAGUAUGGUGGGUCCCACCAACUGGGUUGCACUCCUGCUUAAGAACAGUAUUAAGAUAUCUAAAUAUACCAGUAAUGGUAUCAUCCGAUGAUCAUUGCCAAGAAGUAGUUGGUCUGUGUCGAGAGAAGGCUUAUGCAGGUCUAGUGGGUUGUUCCGGGGAAUACUUAGUAUUCCAACCUCCAAGAUAUUUUAGCUCAUCUCAAUUGAAAUUAACUUAUAGAUCAUCCUUGGAAACAAAAGAAUAUAUGGUUCAUGACUUACCAAAACUUCUAGACCUGCCUCAAGACAGGCUGUGCCUUUUUGCAGCACUACUUGGCGGAACCAUAUUAUCAGAACAAAGUUUGACAGAUUUUUAUAAACGUCUUGGAAUAAAUCUGAAAAAGCAACAAGUUCCUCCUGAGGGAUUAAUUAAAACCAUUGGACAGUUUGUUCGUGAUUUGCCAUCUUCUGACAUUGAUGGAGCUUGUAUUGAAAUUUUUGGUGAUUUAAAUGAUCUCAGAGCGGCCAAACUUAAGCAAGCUGUUCAGUAUUACCUAAAUGGCACCAAAGAUGGAUUUCUCAAAUAUAAGACAGCAUCUGGCCGACGCCCGAAGAAUAACAAAAAGAAUCAGAAACCCGAUAUGAGUCCACAAUCAACUUCCAUGGAUUUAGACACGUCUAAACUAGCUACAGAAUCUUCAGAAAAUGAGCAAAAAGGCUUGGAAGAUUACAAGUUGGCCACAGCAAAUGCGUCAAUGAACGCGGAUUUUAGCAUAGAAGACCAUUGUCAUGAGUUGACUCAUGGAGUAACAGCGAUGUCACUUCAGUCUGGAGAUGAAGAGAUGUUAAGACCGCAAUCUAAACCAACUCACAAUAGAGAGAGAUCGACAACAAAGGAGAGCCCAGCAACCAUUAGCGCUCACCUGCAUAGUGAAGAUAACUGCCCAAGUGCACCAGCCGAGGUCUUACGCACCUGUGCUGAACGUCAUGCUAGGGGUCUGAUGCAUCCACAUAUGCUCUCAAUACUUACUCAUCGGCAGAUUACUCUUCCAGUUUUGAUGGAAGAUGACAAUCACAGAGAAAUACCGUCUAUACAUCACUUUUAUCGACCAGUCCGACAGCAUAUUUAUGCUAUAUUAUAUAAUAUGCAUCAUCAUCGCUUCAUGGCGCAGAAAGCGAAAGAUGAAGGUGUUGCUGGUGCAUCUACCACUAAUGAUCAACCAUGCACUGUACAAAUAUCUGAAUGGAUAUAUUCUCGUGUGAACCCUGGUAAACAUCCUGAAGUUGUACCAGGAGUUGUUCUUGAUUGGCCCGUACCUACUGUCCAAAGGCUUUGGUUUGGAACUGCUCAGGAAGAUAAAGGUCGUCGUUUGAGGGCUUUCCUAUCCUGCAUGAAGUCUGAUACACCUCUCAUGUUAAAUACCUCCUAUGUGCCACAACAUUUAUUGAUAUUGGGAACUGUGUUGAGAUACAUCAUGACAUCCCAAAUACAGAUUUUGAGGCGACAGGAGUUAGACGCAUUUUUAGCUACAGCUUUCUCAGGUGAUCUCAUGAAUGCUCUACAUCUGCAGGAGAUGACAGUGAGCGGGCUCAGCGCGCGCGGCGUGCAGCUGGCGUCGCUGGUGAUGGCGGGCGCGGAGGCCGCCGUGCUGGCCAACGACGCGUGCGGCGCGCCCGUGCCGUGGCUGGCCGCGUCGCCCUGGCUGUUCUUCGACGGCAAGCUGCUGCAGCGCAACCUGGCGCGCGCCGCCUGCUGCAAGCACCUGGCGCAGCUGUGUGACAACCACCUGGACACCGUCGUCAAGAUCGAACGCAUGCGGAAGGCAAUCCUGGAAGGCUUGGAGGUAGAAUUCGCAAUGCCGCCGCUGCCACUGGUCGGCGUGGUCGGGGAUCCGAUGGGAGGGUGGCGGGGCCGCGGGCGUGGAGCGCGUCUGGAGAUAGCGGGCGUCGUGGUGGGCCAGUGGGGCGGGGGCAGCUACCCGCGACCGACGCGCUACCCGCAGGUGAGCUACGUGGGGUACACGCCGCAGCCCCGCAACUCGUACGGGCGCGGCGCCUGGCGCGCGCGCGGGGCCCGGGGCCGCGGGGGCCCGGCCGGGCGCGGCGCGGGGAGGCCCCGGCGCGCGCGGCGCUCGCCCGGGGCCCCGGUGCGGGCCACCACGCUCACGGUCAACGGAAAAACUGUCAGACCUGACGAAAUGAACCUGCAAUUAGAUGAGGGUAGCGCCCAUGAAGAUAAUGCAGCUUUUGAUAAUGACGUGGAAGGUUCACAACAGCAAAAAGGCAAAUCUGGGAAAGGUGUUAAGAAAAAUAUGGGGAAAGGCAAAAAGAAGAGUUCAAAACCAGAUGCACAACAAUCUGUGGAAUCGAAUGGUCCUCUUGAAAAAAACAAGGUUGAUGUAAUUGAGAAGGAACAUAUCGGCCAGGGCGACGCACCAGUUUCUAAUUAAUUAUUUUUUCUUUUCUUGUUUUAAAAGAAUAUUAUUGUUAUUAUGUA